AUGAGACAGCUGUGUGUCUGUGUGUCUGUCCUGCUAGCCUUGGCCACCAUGGCUGUGGCUAGGCCUAAAGAAGGACCGGAGCAGAAGUGCAAGUCUGGCCCAGUGGACCUCAUGUUCAUUAUUGACAGCUCUCGAAGUGUGCGGCCCCACGAGUUUGAGACCAUGCGCAAGUUCAUGAUUGACAUCAUCCACACGCUGGACAUGGAGGCGAAUGCCACCCGAGUGGGCGUGGUGCAGUACUCCAGCCAGGUCCAGAACGAAUUCUCUCUCAAGACCCAUGGCAAGCUGCAGGGCAUGGUGAAAGGCAUCAAUGAGAUCGUCCCCCUGGCGCAGGGCACCAUGACGGGCCUGGCCAUCAAGUACGUCAUGAACCAUGCCUUCACGGCAGCCGAGGGCGACCGACCCAAGGUGCCCAAUGUGGCUGUCAUCGUAACGGACGGACGGCCCCAGGACCGCGUGGCGGAGGUAGCAGCCGAGGCUCGAGACAAGGGAAUCGAGAUCUAUGCGGUGGGCGUUGCUCGGGCGGAUAUGACCUCGCUGCGUGCUAUGGCGUCGCCGCCCAUCGAGGACCAUGUCUUCCUGGUGGAGUCUUUUGACCUGAUCUACCAGUUUGGCCUGCAGUUCCAGGACAAGCUCUGCGGGAUGGAUCUAUGCCUGGAGUCUGACCAUGGCUGUGAGCACCUCUGUGAGAGCUCCCCUCGUUCUUUCCACUGCCUGUGUCUGCCAGGGUACACUCUCAACGAGGAUGGCAAGACCUGUAAAGCCAUAGACCUGUGUGCUGGGGGGAAUCAUGACUGUGAGCAGAUCUGUAUCCCCUCCCCUGGAGCCUUCACCUGCGGCUGCAACACCGGCUACACCCUCAACGACGACAAGAAGACCUGCACAAUGAUAGACCUGUGUGCUGAGGGGAAGCAUGACUGUGAGCAGAUCUGUAUCACCUCUCUGGGCACCUUCACCUGCAACUGCAAGACUGGCUACACCCUCAACGAUGACAAGAUUACCUGCACAAACCUGUGUAACACAGUGGAGCAUGGCUGUGAGCACCAGUGUAUCAGUACACCAGACUCCUACUACUGCAUCUGCCCUGAGGGACAGCUACUGGCGGAGGAUGGCAAGGGCUGCCGAACCUGCAGAUCGGCCAACAUUGACCUGAUCCUCCUCAUCGAUGGCUCAAAGAGCGUGCGUCCCCAGAACUUUGAGCUGGUCAAGCAGUUUGUCAACCAGGUGGUGGACUCCCUGGAUGUGUCCGCCCAUGGGACUCGAGUGGGCCUAGUGCAGUACUCCAGCCACGUGCGCACAGAGUUCGCCCUCAAAAUGUACGAGAAGGCAGAUGACAUCAAGAAGGCAGUGAUGAACGUGGAGUACAUGGAGAAGGGCACCAUGACGGGCCUGGCCCUCAAGCACAUGAUGGAGAACAGCUUCUCGGAGGCCGAGGGUGCCCGCAAAAACAUCCCUCAGGUGGGCCUGGUCUUCACUGACGGCCGCUCUCAGGACGACAUCACUGAGUGGGCCAAGAAGGCCAAAGAAGAAGGUGUCACCAUGUAUGCUGUUGGUGUUGGGAAGGCCGUGGAGGAUGAGCUGCGUGAGAUUGCCUCAGAGCCACUAGACAAGCACUUCUUCUAUACCACUGACUUCACUUUCAUCAACCAGAUAGCCGAGAACCUCAAGCUCAAUGUCUGUGCAGAGGAGAGCCAGGGAGAGAUUGAGGUGAAAGACCCAUGUGCCUGUGAGAGUCUGGUUGAGUUCCAGCAAGCAACAAUGUCCACUCUGGAGCAGCUGAAAACAAAACUGGCGGGUAUGACUGCACAAUUGGAGGACAUGGAGAACCAGCUGCUGUCACGCAAAUGAGGGAUGUCAUUCAAGUAACCCAACAAGAAUAAGGAGAUGCUUUGAGCAUAGAAUAAUUUUCCUGCCAAGAAUCUAACAGUAAAAACACAAGUCCUAUCAAUGUCGACUUUCCAUGAUGUAAAUGACCCAAAACAAUAUUUUAUGUAGAAUAUCUUAUUUCAGUGCAUGAAUGUGGACAUGCAAUGGACUUAAGUCAUGUCAAGCACAUCCAUACUUAAUGUAGACAACAGCACAGGCAACUAGAAAAUACAGCCAUUGCUUAUAACUUAAAGCUCCAAUAUGCAACUUUUUGGGCACCCAACCAAAUUCACAUAGAAAUAUGAGUUAUAAAUCUGUCAUUGAAAGUCUAAGAAGCUGGUAGAUCGGUUCUAUGCUUCCCGUUAUAAAGUUUUGUUUGUGUCUUUUUUCAGCUGAAAAUAAAAUAUUAUUGGUUAUGGAAAAUAUAUUUCACAACGGUUUACAUGGUACAAUGAUGCUCUACACUAUAAUGUCACUAUGAACUUAAAUUAGGCAAACUAUUAGAAUUUUAGCAACCAGGAAAUGCCGGGGCGAUGUCUC